AUGCAAUUAAUGAUUAAACAAAAUAUACAAAAAUAUGUGAAAUUUCUUGCAGGUUCUUCAUACAAUAAUUAUUUAAAAUGUAACAUUUGUGAAAAAGAACAGAAACUACAACUGAAUCUUGUUAAAAUUAAAUGUCUGUCGCCUCAGCCUCAAAAAUAUCUUGGUGCAAACUAUGUUUUGAUAUCAAAAUCCAAUUUCAGUCGCCAGCAUAUUUUGUUGGAUCUUCAACAACAAGAGCGCAAUGAAUUGUCAUUAAAAAGAUUUUUAAAACUGGAGCAAGAAUUUCGUAGGAUUCAUGAUAAUGCGAAGAAACGAAAGCAACGAAAGCAAAAAAAAAUUCUUUCAAAAUCCGAAUUGAAGCAAAAAUCGUUUCAUUUCUUUAAUGUUUCCUUUUAUUCUCAAUGUGCUGUUUGUGAUGUUGAAAAGAAAAGACAUGCGCUAAGGAAAAUGUGUUGA